AUGCAGGCGCUGCAGACGACUUAUUCGGCCACCAUGGCGUCCGCCGACAAGCUGCGCGCCGCCUGGACAACAACGCUCCGCGCGUCGUGCGGCGCGGGGAGCACCUCCCUCUGCGGCUCCGCGGCGUAUGACAACGCCGCUGCCAGGGACGCGCUGCUGCUGGCGACGUCGCCGACGGCUUACGACAGCCGCGACGUGAAGCUCAACGGCGGCUUCAACCCCAUCUCCGCGCCCGCCGAUCAGGGAGACUGCAACGCCUGCGUCAGCUUCUCCGUGGCCGCCGCGGCCGAGGCCGCGAUGGCGACGGUGCUGCGGAAAAACGCGGGCGGGCCGCUCACGCCGCGCCUGUCGCCGCGGGACCUCUACUUCUGCGGCAGCAACAGCGACGAGGCGAACUGCGUGUAUGGCUGGACCUUCAACAAGGCCCUGGCUGAGCUGUCGAAGCGCAAGACCAUAGACACCUGGAGCUGCCUGCCGUUUGUCAACAUCGAGAACGUCCUCCUCGCGGGUGCGCGCCGCCGGGCUGCGCCCCCCGCCAAUCCUGCCUGA